UAUAGUCGACUAGCCGGGACUCGAUCUACACUCGAAGCCCUACAGGACCGAUCACAACCCCAGUCGUUCCACGAUGGGAGGCUUCCUCACUCUGAAGGAGGACAGGCCGACGCCCAAGUCGGUCUACAACUGGAGAGUGUAUGCUCUCGCAGCUGUCGCCAGUUUCGCAUCAUGCAUGAUCGGAUAUGACAGCGCUUUUAUCGGCACUACCCUCGCUCUCCCGUCAUUCGUCUCCGAGUUCCAGUUUGCCAGCUAUGGGACAGAAGAGCUCGCACUGGUCAAGGCCAACAUCGUCAGUGUCUACCAGGCCGGCGCCUUCUUCGGAACUUUCUUCGCAUACCCAUCUGCAUACUUCCUCGGUCGCAAAUACUCUCUCGUCAUCUUCGGCCUCGUUUUUCAACUCGGUGCUGGAAUCAUGUUGGCUGCGAACUAUGAGCGUGGUCUUGGUCCUAUCUACGCCGGUCGUGUCCUUGCAGGCAUUGGUGUUGGCGCCGCUUCUAUGAUUACUCCCAUCUACAUUUCCGAGAUCUCUCCACCUGCGAUCCGAGGUCGUAUUGUCGGUAUCUACGAGCUUGGCUGGCAGAUUGGCGGUCUCGUUGGUUUCUGGAUCAACUAUGGCCUUACCGAGACAAUGGCACCUUCAACUCGUCAAUGGAACAUUCCUUUUGCUGUCCAACUCAUUCCUGGUGGUCUUCUCCUCCUCGGUGCCCUUUGGAUCAAGGAAUCUCCACGUUGGUUGUUGACCAAGCACCGUCGCGCCGAGGCUCUCAAGAACCUGUCCUACAUCCGCCAGCUUCCCGCCGACGAUGUAUACAUGGUUGAAGAGGUUGCUAUGAUGGACGAGGCUUUGGAGUACACCCGAGGAACCGUUGGCGACAGCUUCUGGGCACCUUUCAAGGCGGUCGCCCGCGACCGCAAGGUCCAGUGGAGGUUUCUUCUCGGAGGUCUGCUCUUCAUGUGGCAGAACGGAUCCGGAAUCAAUGCUAUCAACUACUACUCACCUACGGUCUUCAAAGCUCUCGGUGUCACUGGGACGAGCGCUGGCUUUUUAUCCACCGGCAUUUUCGGCGUGAUCAAGACCGUUUUCACCCUCCUCUGGAUGUUCUUCCUCAUUGACAAUCUCGGACGUCGUAAGCUGCUCAUGAUCGGUGCCAUCGGCGGUUCCGUUUGUAUGUGGAUCAUUGGUGGUUACGUUGCUACCGUGCCAGUUGAAGCGAACAAUGCUGCUCUGGCCAAGGGUGUCGAAUUGCCUUUGAGCUCCGGUGGUAUCGCCGCCAUGUUCUUCUUCUACCUGUGGACCGCCUUCUACACGCCAUCAUGGAACGGCACCCCAUGGGUACUCAACUCCGAGAUGUUCGACCUGAACACUCGCGGCUUGGGUCAGGCCUCCGCCGCUGCCAACAACUGGUUCUGGAACUUCAUCAUCAGUCGCUUCACGCCUCAGAUGUUCUUAAACAUGGGUCCUUCCGGCUGCGGUGUGUUCUUCUUCUUCGCCUCGAUGAUGCUCGCCAGCAUCGUCUUCGUGUACUUCCUCGUGCCAGAAACCAAGUCCAUCCCACUCGAGUCCAUGGAUCGCCUGUUCGAGAUCAAGCCUGUCCGUAAGGCUAACGAAAUCGUGCUUGCGGAGGCUCGAGAGAGGGACGCAGAGUUCCGCAACAACUCAAAUGGUGCUGGCUUGACCAUUGCGAAAGAGAAAUUGGAUCACGUUGAGCGCACCAGCGAGCGUGGCAGCGAUGCUUGA